CCGUGCAGAUGACAUCACGCCUUUAAAUAUUCCCGUUGCUUUUUUCCCUCACCCCAUCAUACUCUCCAGUCUAGUGCAACGUAAAAGACCAAAGAGUAGGGGAGGCUUAACAAUGCAUUGAUAGCCAUAUCGAGCUUCUAGAAAAGCGGGGAAAUACUCUUCUUUGUAUCAGUCGGCACCAGUGGCAAACGAGCUGCGUGAACUCGACUUGUGUGAGAAUUGCUGCGCGGUUCCAGCUGGCCAUCACAACUUGGUUGGGAAAACGGUUAUCCGAAGGCUGCACGGACGGGGAGGCGGAGAACAUUGCUGCUGGGAAAAUAGUUGCCUUUUUUUCUUUGGCUGAGGAGGCCAGUUACGGUGGAAACUUAAAAAACUAACUUAAAAAUGUCUCUUUCGGUACCCCAGAACGGAGUGAAGGGCGAUAACGAACCCGUUAUCGAACUCUUUGUAAAGGCGGGAAGUGAUGGCGAGAGCAUUGGCAACUGCCCCUUCUCCCAGCGCCUCUUCAUGAUCUUGUGGCUCAAGGGCGUGGUCUUCAACGUCACCACGGUGGACCUGAAAAGGAAACCAGCAGACCUGCAGAACCUGGCCCCCGGCACACAUCCGCCCUUCAUCACCUUCAACGGAGAGGUCAAGACGGACGUCAACAAGAUCGAGGAGUUCCUGGAGGAUGUCCUCAGCCCCCCCAAGUAUGCCAAACUUGGUGCCCGCCACCCUGAGUCCAACACAGCAGGGAUGGAUAUCUUUGCCAAAUUUUCAGCUUACAUCAAAAACUCCAAACCUGAUACCAAUGAAGGUCUGGAGAGAGGUCUGCUGAAGACCCUGCAGAAGCUGGACGAGUACCUGCGCUCCCCACUGCCUGACGAGAUCGACCACAACAGCAUGGACGAUGUCAAGGUGUCCAGUCGCAAGUUCCUGGACGGGGACGACAUGACCCUAGCUGACUGCAACCUGCUCCCCAAGCUUCAUAUUGUCAAGGUUGUGGCCAAGAAGUACCGUGGCUUUGAGAUUCCCAAGGAGAUGAUGGGCAUCUGGAAGUACCUGGGCAAUGCCUACUCCCGCGAGGAGUUCACCAACACCUGCCCCAGCGACAAAGAGAUUGAGAUCGCCUACGGCGACGUGGCCAAGAGGCUCGUCAAAUAAUCCCCUCACACCUUCACCCACCCCACCCCCUACAGCACUGGGACUGGUCAUUGAUUACACAAGAAAGAAAAGAAAAAAAAACUAUGGACUCUUUUUUUUUUCUCCUUCUGUCUCUAUUUAGAGCAAACCCAAUGCAUGAUUUAUUUUCCUUUUUGUUUUAUUUACAUUUUGGUCUCUUCCCUUUUAAGGAAAUCCCUGUGUUGUUAACACCACUCUCUAAGGUCUAUCUCACUGACUAUGUUCCUUUUCUUAUUAUGAUCUUGGAGUAGUGAAAAAAAUGGCAAGACGGUUGGGAAUACUACCAGCUGUCACGCACCAGAGCUUUACAUACACACACACUCUGUGUAUCAGUUCUGACGGAAGUGACUUCCACGCUCCUGACUGUGCCGACUCAUACUAGAUGAGAUCGUGUCAGUUAAAAGAGAAUGGCUUUUUUUUCAAGGCUUGCAGAGUAAAAAUAUAUAUUUUCAGCUGAGUACGUUUAAACAGUGUUGUAAGCUCCAGUAUGUUUUUUUUUGCUGAAGGUUGUUUGCAAGCAGUGCAGUGGCUUUGUGCUGAAGUGUAAGGGUUUAGUCAUUGUACAGUCGAGAGGACUGGGACAUCCCUUUAUAACCAAGGCCCCACGCUCAGGUGGACUAGCUCUGAAACGGAGACGGUGACCUUGCUAUGGUGUUCUGGGGUACUGUUUCUCAGUGCUCACAGUCCUUUUCAGUUCUUUAGUAGAACUGAGACGUGUAAACUGACAGAAUACACAUCCAUUAAACAGGUGAGCCAAGUGACCUGAUUCAGGUCAGUAGCUUUCAUGUUUCAUUUGCGGAAUCUGAGUGAAAGUCCAGCCAGGUAAACUUUGAUGAGAGGAAAUACCAGGUAAACAUGCAUGAACAUAUUCCAGUUGAAGAACUGAUCUUGUAGGUUGCAUAUUUUCCAAAUGAUGUUUGAACAUGUUAUUUUUUGUUAAUAAUGCAUGUGUUGAGUUGGCAGUUUGAAUCUUAAAGCACUCUGCAAUUUAACAAAUUGUGAGUUCUUAGCUGUGAUCCUAUUGUGGAGCAAAAGUUAGCUGAAAGCUAUUCGACAUCGAUGGCUUUUUAAUCAUGUAUUUAAACUUCAUCUAUACAUCUUUAUCUUAUGUCCUUAACUAGGAAUCUGGGAAUUGACAGUAAUGUGGCCAUAAGACCUAUUCUAGUGACCGAGAACACAUAUCAAAUGACAGACCCAGAGGAGAAGGUGCCAUCAUUGCAGAAAACAUCAUUUAUGAUUCACAUCUUUUAUUUUACACCUUUCACCUUUAAAUAAUAUUCAGCCAGAAGUGAUAUACUGUUACUACUCCUAGCAAACUAGGCUCGAGGUUUUUUUUUUUUCAGGUUUCCAUCCUUCACAUGUAGUCACUAAUUUUCAGAUUGCAGAGAGACUUUGUAAAUAUUCAUUCCAAGACUGACAUGUACAUUUUUUUUAUGUUCACUGAUUUAAGGUGAAGUCCUAUUUUACAUACAAUAUAUACAUACUCCUUGGGCCUUACACAAUUUCUCAUGUCAAAGAACACAACUCCUUGUGUGUAUCAAGGCUGAGAAAGGUGCAGAAGUAGUUCUUAGACAGGUCUCUGAAGAAUACAUGAGUUGACAGGAAUGACUGUAAAUCAGCAACCCAUUGUAACACGCCCAGAUGUAGUGCAGUGAACACUGCUUCUCUGACAAAGAAACACUAAUGUGCCUUUGACGACCUUCUGAGCACCUCGCUCAUCUGUGUUGCCCUCACGUGGUUAAAGAGGGAACAGUUCCUCCCCUUCCAAUGGCUUCUCACUCCCUGCACCUUUACCAUGUUUCUUUGUUAUUAUUAUUAUUAUUUUUAUGUUUUGCGCCACGAUCCUGUCAUACCAUGUCAGUGUGACACGAAUUACUGGUGAUAUUGAUUAUGAAAGCUCUGCAUGUUUGCCAUCAAGCUCUCAUCAAUAAACUGCUGGCAGCUA